CACAUGGGGGCGGUAAUGCACCAAAAGCUGGUCUGCAACCGGCAAGGAACACAAAAGAGGAAGAAGAAAACGAUGCGGAAAAUGUUAUAUAUCAGUUAAGCGAGGCAGCUCGCUAAGAAAAUGGAUGUAAUAUGGAUUAUUUCAACCUGAGACUAACUGCGAUUUGUAUGACGCUUUUACUUCAUACCACAGUUAACGCCAUAAGAGUCAUUGGUCAGGAUGCGACUGUGGUAGCAGGAGAUGAUGCACGAUUAUACUGUCAACUGGUCGACACAGCAGAGAAACUAACAAGCAUUACGUGGCAAAGACGAACAAAGGAAACGCCAACAAAUGCGGAUUUUUUGGUUAUCGCUUUAGACGGCAAAGAGGAACAUAUUAAUGGAUUGAAGGACAGAGUAAAAUUCACAGGCAACAUCCCAGGUCUCAACGGCUCAAUUCUUCUAAGUAAUAUUACUGUUUCAGAUGAAGGAAUCUACACCUGCAUCUUCAGCAUAUUUCCAAGUGGACCGUUUAAAACAGCAAUUCAUCUCGCAGUACUGAGUCCUCCUGUUGUUAGUGUAAGUACGGAUGUGCCUCCUGUUGCUGGUGACACUGAGGAGAUUUUAGCAACCUGCACUGCAUCCAAUGCGAAACCUGCAGCAGAAGUGUCGUGGAAUCUGGGUGAUUUAAAUGAUUCUGUGAAAGUACAAACUAACGUAACUCUGGACUCUGAAGAAAGAUACACUGUUAAAAGCAGCCUGAUUGGUGUGGCAUCCAAAGAUCUAAACCAGAAGAAGGUUCAGUGUUUGGUCACACACCCUGGCCUAAAAGAGGAACUGGAAGUGGAUUACACAUUGAACAUUCACUAUCCUACUCAGAUGUGUUAUAUUAUUUCAGUGGGUGGUCAAGGGGAAACACAUGAAUUUCUGUGUGAAGCAGAUGCUAAUCCAAAACCAAUUAAUUUCACCUGGAGCAGACAUUUUCCAGUGAACGAACCUCUGUCCAGAGGUGUUAACAACAGACUGAUUAUUCAGAUGACACCUGACAGCAAUGGCCUUUACUAUUGUGUUGCGUCUAACCAAUAUGGGGAAUCUGUAGGUUCCCUCUACGUAGAUGUUAUACAAUUUACAGAAUGCACAACUUGCUGGACUUUGGUCAUCAUGUCCAUCUUUGCUGGGGUGUUUGGCUUUCUCAUUUGGAAAUUUAAUCUGCAUCAAUACGUGAUAAAAAGGCUGAGGUGUUUUGGGGGUGAUCCUGUGCCCACAGUAUCUUCAGACCUGGAUGAGCCGGGUUGAAUGCUGGUUCAGACCUCUCCACUGGGACCAUACCUUGCCGUGGUGGAGGGGCUUAUUCUUCUUACAUUGUGUGGAACUACUAUACAGUUAAGAGGAAACCAAAUGGUCCCAUAGGUUUUGAAACAUAACAGUCCAGUUUAGGUCUCCCUCUUGCCACAUAUCAAUAUUAAAGAUGGCCAUAACAACAUAAGCUUCUGUUGACUUGUCUGCCAUCAUAAAAAUGAUUUCCAACAGAACUACAAACAGUUCUAAAAGAUCCCUUCGAUGAGAGUAUGACACCCACGCAUCAGCACCAAGAGAACAUCAUGAACAAUCUUCAAGAGAUUACAUCUGGAUGUUCGUUACACAACCUCAUUUUAUCACAUCUUGCUGCAGAACUAGAUGAAGCCAAUUAUGGCAGACAAGUGACUCUCCAGACACCAGCUAAUGUAUAUAAGUCUAACAUCAUCUACAAUUCUGGUAAGUUUAGACAGAUUUGAGUUGGUGACACUUACUAGGCCUUUCUCAAUUUACCGAUAAAGUAUCGGGUAAAAUUGGCAGUGCUAGCUAAGUGGUUUAGAUGUUUGACUACUGAUCGGAAGGUUGUUAGUUCAGUUCUCGGCACUGCCGAGCUGCCACUGCUGGGCCCUUGAGCAAGUCCCUUAACCCUCAACUGCUCAGUUGUAUAAAACGUGAGAUAAAUGUAAAUCACUUUGGAUAAGGGUGUUCCCAGCAGCUUGGCAGUGCCGGGAACUGAAAUAACGACCUUCCGAUCAGUAUUCCAACAUGAUUUUUCUUUUAUUUAUUUACUAGCUUCAUUGUAAUUAUUAUGUAAAGUAAAUUUAUGCUUACUAUAGCUUGUUGACUCUACCCACAGUAAAACUGCAUAGAUUAUUUAGAUGGGAGAACAAUGAAAUUGGUAUACUGUGAACUGACCCAGACAUACAGUUGAAUAUAUAUGGACUCUGAUGUCUUUGAUCUGUAAAAAAGUUAUUAAGCAGUAGUCACACUGAACAUUUGCCUUGCUUGCUAUUGUUUGACACACAACUGAAUGUUUGGCAAAUGUAGGUUGUUUUGUCAUGUGUAGGUGGCAGAUGUGGGUUGUUGUCAUAUGCAUACAAACAUAUGUAUUUUUUUUGUGCCUCUGGCUUCUCAGUAUAUUGACUGCAUUUGGCAGAGGCCCUUAUCCAAAGCCACUUAAAUUUAUUACAUUCAUUCACUGCCCCAGUAGUAGUGUUGCCAGCUCUGUCCUGUGUAAAAUAUUCAUACACCUUGCCAUUUUUCGUAUUUAGUUGCAUUACAAGAUCUAAUUUAACUGGAGUUUUAUUUGGAUUUCAUGUAAUUUCAUUGUAAUUUCACUACACAGAAUAGUUCAAAUUGGUCAAGUGAAAUUAAAAAAAGAAACUUAUUUAUUUUAUUUUUUUAAAUUAAAUACUGAAAAGUGGUGUGUGCAUAUGUAUUCACCCAUCUAAAUAAGAUCUGGUGCAGCCAAUUACCUUCAGAAGUCACAUAAUUAGUUCAAUAAAGUCCACCUGUGUACAAUCUAAGUGCCACAUGAUCUCAUUAUAUACACACCUGUUCUGAAAGGCCCCAGAGUCUGCAACACCACUGAGCAAGAGGCAUCACCAUGCAAGCGGCACCAAGGAGCUCUCCAAACAGGUCAGGGACAAAGUUGUGGAGAAGUACAGAUCAUGGUUGGGUUAUAAAAAAAAUAUUCAAAAUUUUGAACAUGCCACAGAGCACCAUUAAAUCCAUUAUUUUAAAAAUGAAAUGAAUAUGGCACCAUAACAAACCUGCCAAGAAAGAGCCACCCACUAAAACCAGGCAAGGAGGGCAUUAAUCAGAGAGGCAAAAAAGAGACCAAAGAUAACCCUGAAGGAGCUGUAGAGCUCCACAGCGGAGCUUGGCAUAUCUGUCAAAGGACCACUUUAAGCUGUACACUCCACAGAGCUGAGCUUUAUGGAAGAGUGGUCAGAAAAAAAAACAUUGCGUAAAGAAAGAAAAAAAAAGAAAACAUCUUUGCUGUUCACCAGAAGGCAUGUGGGAGACUACCUAAAGAUAUGGAAGAAGGUACUCUAGUCAGAUGAUACUAAAAUUAAGCUUUUUGGCCACCAUGGAAAAUGCUACAGUAUGUUUGGUGCGAACCCAACACCUCUCAUCACUGUGAGAACUCCAUCCCCACAGUGGUGGUGGCAACAUCAUGCUGAUUGAUCAGCUGGGUCUGGGAAACUGGUCAGAAUUGAAGGAAUGAUGGAUGGUGCUAAAUACAGGGAAAUUCUUGAGGGGAAACCUGUUUCAGUCUUCCAGAGAUUUGAGACUGGGUUGAAGGUUCACCUUCCAGCAGGACAGUGACCCUAAGCAUACUGCUAAAGCAAUAUUUGAGUGGUUUAAGGGGAAACAUUUAAAUGUCAUGGAAUGGCCUAGUCAAAGCCCAGACCUCAAUCCAGUUGAGAAUCUGUGGUAUGACUUAACCCUCUUACUCCGUAUGGCCGAAAAACCGGCUUGCUAGUCUUUGAUCUAUUCCCAUAAGGACGAUAUACCGGCUUGGUCGUCUAUGCCAAAUAGCCGUAAGGCCGAUAUAGCGGCUUUACAGUGUGAACGUUAUCCCCGUAAGGCCGGUGUACCGGCAUUACUCUGCUAUGAUUCCUUACUUAUUUAAUUAUGAUUUUUUUACCCGGAAGGUUGAUGACGUCAUGACGUCACGACGUGAUUACCGCAUUACGAUGAAGAUCCAAGCGUGAAUAUUGGUGUAGUAGUAGAAGUGAACUAAAAAUGCCAAAGCUAAUCGUGUUCCAGCUAAAGUUACACCUACAGUGAACACAGGUACAUAUAAAACAGUGGGAAAAAAAGAAAACAUACACAGUUACACAGGCGAGAGCGAGGAUUCUAGAUAGUGACAGCAGUGAAAGUUCAGGCGAUGUUGAAACCGAAACUAAUAGAGACGCAAACUCUCCUGAUUCAGACCCUGAUCCGUCUUCACCUUCAGCAUCAACCAGUGCGACUGACACAACAGGGGUUUGGAGUCAUAACGGGACCAUUUCUGUGCAUUCGUGAAAACACUACCUGCUGGUCUGAUUAUCACCAGAAACUUGACUUUUGGCGCUAAAAUGCAUUUAUUUAUUUAUUUAUUUAUUAUUUACUUGAAUUUAUUCAAAGGCAUUGACUAUGCUGAUGCUCGUAUGGUACUUCUAAAUGAGUAGAAGGAUUUUAGCGAGCAUUUUUCGUCAUUUCUCUAGUUAAGAAUUGUGCUCUAAGUGGAGUAAAAACACUGAACUGCUUCAUUUUCAAAGUAAUAUUACACAAAUACAUUAUUAUAAGUUGUUUGAAGGCCUAAAAAUGUUUAAAUUAAAAUGUUGAUUUUGGGGCCAAUUUUGGCCUGGGAACUCAGGGUUGGCGUGCUGUUUCUAUGGGGAAUAUAGAGUUGUGGGACAUAAUACUGUGGGAACUAAGGGGUAAGAGGGAUAAGAUUGCUGUACACCAGCAGAACCCAUCUAACUUUAAGGAGCUGGAGCAGUUUUGCCUUGAAGAACGGGCAAAAAUCCCAGUGGCUAGAUGUGCCAAGCUUAUAGAGACGUACCCCAAGAGACUUGCAGCUGUAAUUGCUGCAAAAGGUUGCUCUACAAACUAUUGACUUUGCUUGCUCAAGUUUUCUGUUUUUUGUCAUUUCUUGUUUUGCACAAUAAAAAAUACUUAUCUUCAAAGUGGUAGGCAUGCUGUGUAAAUCAAAUGAUACAAACCCCCCAAGAAAUCAAUUUUAUUUCCAGCUUGUAAUGCAACAAAACAGGAAAAAUGCAAAGAGUGGUGAAUACUUUCACAAAGCACUAUACAUUCAGUGUUUCAGCGUGGUAGAUAGUGUUGAUGUGGCUUGUCACUUGACUGGUUUUUGGAGGUGUAUCAGGAUUGUAUUACACAUAUGAUUAGCUCAGUAAGUCACCCGGUCUUAAAUUUAUUUUUGUGUUUUUGGGGUGGGCUUGAAGUAUGUGUAUUUAUUUGUUUGUUUGGUUGUCAGUCAAUUCAAAUUUUUGUCCCUGUAAUUAUGCAGCUUUUUGUCCUUGUCUCUCUUUUCACAUGGCACAUUAAUUAAAUGAAACAAAAGCAAAAUAAGAAGUUGGCUGAGGGACAGAUUUUUUUUUUUUGCUUUUGUGUUUUUGUACUUCUUUUUUUAAUUACUUUUCAUAACUUUUUCAUGAUUUAAAAAAUAUAUUUCAUGACUUUUUAUGAAACUAUAUAACGUAGAGACGCAGGGGGAGGUGAGAGUGCAGAGGGAAAACAAGACCUUGCGCUUGCAGGACAGUGCUGGCCACAUUUGGAAAGUUGCUAAGGUUUGUCCAAAAAGUCACUAGAUUUGUCAUUAGGUGGGGUUUUUGUUUUGUUUUGUUUUUUUGUUAAAACAAGUCGGUAAAGGGGUCUGAAAAGUCACUAAGUUGGCAACCCCGUCUGCACUGACUGCUAGAUAAAAGGCAGGUUAAGCUCCACCUUUCCCCAGCAAAAAGAAAAUACAGAUUCUUUUUUCUUUCUUUUAUUGAAAAGCAUUAAAAUACAAAAUUAUUCCCAACUCGGACAAACAUCAGCAGUGUGUGAUUUUUACAGGAACAGUGAGAAGAAGAGCCUGUGACCACGAUAGUCAUUCAGCAUUUCAUAUUUUCAACCAAGGAUGCUCUGGUUGACGGAAAUAACAUAGAAUGCACACAUUAUCCAUCAGUAUAAUGAAUUACCUAUAUUAAAUACUACAUUUAGAAAGAACACAAGAAAUAAAGCUUUUCAUCCUCACUAAAUAUCUGGCUAAUGUUACACUCUGGACUUUACUGAGGGAAAUUCUCAUUCUGAAUCUAGUUUAGUUUGAUCCUUAUUCCCCAUCCCAUUCAAGUCCCAUUCCUCAGAAUUCAAUGGUAAAUGGUCUAUACUUAUAUAACGCUUUUAUCCAAAGCGCUUUACACUGUGUCUCAUUCACUAACACUCACACACCAAUGGUAGCAGAGCUGCCAUGCAAGGCGCUAACUUGCCAUUGGGAGCAACUUGGGCUUCAGCGUCUUGCCCAAGGACUCUUCGGCAUGUGGAGUCAUGUUUCCUGGAAAUCGAACUGCCAACCCUACGAUUAGUGGACAAACCGCUCUACUACCUGAGGCACAGCCACCCCUUUCAUUUACAUAAAAUAAAAUGGGACAGCUGCUAGACACAAACUAUAGCCUGUAAAUUGCUACAGCAUUGAAUCUGUACCGCUGAAGCCCAGUAAAAACUAAAGUUACAAAGCCAUGAUUUAUACAUUUUUGCCUUUAGGAAACAUUUAAGGCCAGUACGGAAAGACAUGAUCUGCUCUAAGGAAAAUAUAAAAAGCAAAAAAACAAACACAAGACACUGAGCAAUAGAGGAAAAGACAUAUGAUUUGGCAGUGGCAAGUCUAGUUUGAUAAUGGCCUUUUCCCAUUAGUCCCAUUUAUAAACAAUACUAGAGAAUAGUAUUGUCAAAUGUGCUAGCUUGUGUGGUUUCCUGUUAUUUUUAUUUUCCUUUUAUUAUUGUGAACAGGUCCAGCUAUAAUUGAAUACUGAAAGAUACUGAGGUGUUGUCUAGACAAGUAAAACCACAAAGAACUAGACAUUAUCCAAUUAUCCUGCUGUUGGGUGUCAUAACUGGGAUAAGAUGUGCUUUGUGUGGAGCAUUAGAACAUUUUGUAAAAUUAAAAAUAAAAUUGCCUAGAAAAGGUGUGAUCAAAACAAAAUGACAUACAAAAUCAUUUAAGGAACUAGAAAAUGGGCUUGACUAGAAAAUAUUCUAAUUUUAAAUAAUUUUUUUUACACCCAGUGUAGCCUCUUUCUCCUAGUUACUGUUUUUAUGCUUGUCUAGAUCUACUGACUCCCUGUCUCCUAAGCAGUAGUGUUUCAGCAGAAAAAUUCUCCAGAUCUGCACCAUACUGCAGAUUUUUUCAGCAUACUCCCACUGUUUCAUUCUGCUGACUAAUGAUGCCUAAUGCUGGGAAGUUGGAACUCAGAAUUAAGUCAUUUUCAACCUCCAUGUUUUGAAGCUACAAAGUGAGAAUUAACCCUGGAGGUCUCCCUGUUCGUGUUUUGUUAACAACAGGCUAGCCAGUUAACUGUGAUAAGUGAAGUAUGUAUGCAGCAUAACGAACGCCCAAACAGCUGACAUGCCAGCUCAGCCCUGAUCGACAGCUGCCUGAGACACAAAAUUGGAAGACGCCUGAGACACAAAAUGGAUUCUUUGGUCCAAAGCAAAAGGCUUUAAGGCAGCAAAAAGGAUAGGUGUUUAAUGUUGCUUUCUUUAAUAUUUGUCAAUACUUGGGUUUUACAAUGUAUAAUGAAACAUAUUUACCAGGAAAUAGGAAGUUCAAUUUUAUUUGUUUAGCACUUUUAACAGUGUAGCAAAAGGGGUUUUAGAUUUUGAUCAGGAAUUGGAUUUAGAUCUAGUUUUAGUUUCUGUCUGUGUGGAGUUUUACCUGUAAGUGUAAGUGGGUUGGCUAGUGAAGAUUUACCCUAGAAUUGUGUCCACCAUGGUGCCCUGCAGUAGACUGACAGAUUUCCAAAGACUGAGUAUUUCACAUGGUUAAUUGUGUCACAAGGUUGCAGGCCUUAGGCAAGGUCUCACCCAUACACUCGAGGAAAUUCCAAAAUAUCAUGGGACACAUUGCAAAUGAAAGAAGUCAUGGGUUAUGCCUGCUUCUACUAAAAUGUGAUUAAAAUGUGGCAAUGAAGUGUCCUACAUUAUUCAAAAUGCUAUUUGUGUGAGUGUGUGUGUGUGUCAGAAUUUCAGCUUUCCUGAUAUUUACAACUGGAUUUGUUAAACAGCUUUAAACAUGGCACCUUUUGUGGCAGACCAUCCCAUUCUUUUGUAGAGCAAAAGUAUUGGAACAGAUAGUCUUCAAGUAAAUAACAUUUACUAUUCUGUUCUAUAUCCCUUGCUUCCAAUAACUGCAUCAAGCUGGUGACCAACUGACAUCACCAAACUGUUGCAUUCUUCUUGUGUGAUGCUUUUCCAGGCUUUUACUGCAACUUAAUUCAGUUGUUGUUUGUAUUCUCCUUUCGGUCUCCUAUUGAAAGGCAUGCUCAAGAGGGUUAAGGUCUGGUGAUUGACUUGGCCAGUCUAAAACCUUCCACUUUUUCCCCUAAUGAAGCUGUUGUGUUGACAGUGUGUUUUGGUUCAUUGUCUUGGUGCAUGAUGAAGUUCCUCCAAUUUAGAUUUAAUGCAUUUCUCUGUAAAUUGGUAGACAGAUUGAUAUCUGAAUUCAUUCUACUGCUACCAUCAUGAGUUACAUCAUCAAUAAAGAUUAGUGAGCCUGUUCCAGAAGCAGCCAUGCAAGCCCAAGCCUACCUCCACCACAUUUUACAGAUGAGCUUAUUUGUUUUGGAUCAAAUCCUUUCUUGUGCCACACUUUUACCUUUCCAUCAAUUUGGUAGAGGUUAAUCUUGGUUCCAGAACUUUCGUGGCUCAUCUCUGUAUUUCCCUGCGAAUUCCAAUCUGGCUUUCUGAUUCUUAGAGUGGUUUGCAUCUUGUGGUAUGACCUCAGUAUUUCUGCUCUGGAAGUCUUCUUCAAAUGCUGGAUUGUGAUACCUUCACCCCUGCCCAGUGACUGUUGUUGGUGAUGUCACUGACUGUUGUUUUUAGAUUUUUCUUCACUGUUCUUGCAAUGUUUGUCAUCAUGUUGCUGUUAUUUUUCUUUGGCUGACCUGUUAAAAACCAGACAAUGUCUGUUUUUUUUUUACACACCAGUUUUUUUUAUUGCUUGUGGUGAUGAAUUUUCUCUCUUUUCUCAGCUUCAAAAUGGCUUGCUUAUCUCCCAUAUACAGCUUUCUGGUCUUCAUGUUGGUUUAUUCUUUUUAACAACAAAUACAGUCUUCGCAGGUGAAGCCCAGACCUCAAACCAAGAAUAGACAUUCAGAGCUUUUAAUCAAUCUAACAGAGCACACUUGGGCAACAAGAAACACCUGCCAGCCACAUGUUCCAGUAUUUUUGAUCAUUUUAAAAAGGCAAAAACAAAAGUCAUAUCUUUAAUGUAUAGUAAAACCAAAAGAAUUGGUAUUGUCAUUCCCGUACUUUCAGAGGGGAUUAUAGGUUUUUAAGGGAGAAACGUAUUUAAGAUUCUCUGUAUAUGCUGUUUUGGGUUUAGCAUAUGUUGCUAUGGCAUUUAUGGGAACCUUUUGACAAUGCAGAUUAAAGGCAGACUGGACUAUUUUUGAGUUUUUCGAACUGCUUUAUUGUUUUCUUUCUAACAACAUUUACCAGCUGUCAAAGAUUGUAUACCAGCUUGACUAGCUCGGCCUUUAUUUUAUUUUCCAUAGUGUCAGAUAAUAAACCAACUAAUGAUUAAAGUGGAUCAUUGCA